AUGGCAGUGCAGACACAGACGGUGACGUCUGCAUCCAACGGCACUGAGAAGCUCGCACAGACCGAUGCGCCUGCAUCCGCGAAGACCUCCUCCUAUAACACGGAUGGCGGCGUCACCAGCCAGCUGUGCACCUGGAUCGACGACCUCACCCUCGAGGAUAUCCCCGAGGGCGUGCGGACUCGGGCCAAGUAUUUGUUCCUAGAUGGACUCGCCUGUGCCCUCGUUGGUGCCCGCGUGCCCUGGUCACGAAAGGCAUUCGACGCGAUGCGCAACUUCGAGGCCCCGGGACCGCAUGUUGUCAUCGGAUACAAAGAGCGCCUCGGUGCCGUCGCCGCCGCCACCCUAAACGGAUCCUGGAUCCAAGCCUGCGAAGUAGACGACUACCACAGCGUCGCCCCUCUCCACUCGCAAGCCGUGGUGAUCCCCCCCCUCUUCGCCGCGGCCGUGAGCGCCAAACACCACGCCACCUCCCCGCGCACCAUCGAUGGAUCCUCGCUACUGCUCGCCUCGGUAGUCGGCUUCGAAGUCGGGCCCCGCGUGGGCAUGGCCCUGCACGGCACCGAGAUGCUAGCCAAAGGCUGGCACUGCGGAUCUAUCUUCGGCGGCCCAGCCGCGGCCGGUAGCUCCGCCAAACUGCUCAACCUCCCCGCGGCACAAAUCGAAGACGCCAUCGGCGUCGCCUGCACACAGGCCUGCGGGCUGAUGGCCGCGCAGUACGACGGUAUGGUCAAGCGCAUGCACCACGGCUUCGCCGCCCGCAACGGGCUCCUGGGGACCAUGCUCGCCUGGGGCGGCUACGAGGGCAUCAAGAAAGUCUUCGAACGCCCAUACGGCGGCUUCCUCGCCAUGUACGGCCUCGGAUCCAAGCACACCCCCAACACCAAGCCCGAAGAGAUUGCCAAAGACCUCGGCAGUUUCUGGCACACCGCCGAAUGGAUCCGUCUGAAACUCCACGCCUGCUGCGGCGGCAUCCACGGCACGAUCGAAUGUCUCGCCCAGAUGCAGGAUCUGUACCCAGACCGCCUAUCUCCCACCCAGCUCUCCACCAUCAAGGACAUCCACAUCCAGCUCAGCGACGCCGUCUUCCACCACUGCGGCUGGGCGCCCGAGACCCGGCCCCUUUCCGCCACAGGCGCGCAGAUGAACACCGCGUUCGUGGCGGCCUCGCAGCUCGUCGACCGCCAGGUCCUCCUCGACCAGUUCGCAUCCGCCAAGCUCGACCGCGACGAGAUCUGGUCUCUGGUGCACAAGACCCACUGCUCGCAUACCCCCGACCUCGAUAAGCCGAAUAUCGGGUGCGGCUCGCUCAUCACCGUCACCUUUGAGGAUGGGACGCAGCUCCAUCAUUCCCUGCUUAAGCCGAAGGGCGUCGAUGAACCGAUCUCCAACGCUGAGAUUCUGCUGAAGUUCCGUCGUCUGACGGCCGGGUUGAUUACCGUGGAGAGGCAGGCGCAGAUCGAGAAGGCCGUGUUGGAGAUGGAGCUGUUGACGGACGUCGAGGAGUUGGCUGAUUUGUUGAGUGUUGAGGUCAGGAAUCCGUUGCUGUAG